CGCAGUCAAUUAAGGACGUAGCACUCUUGCAUAAUACAUAAAAGAAUCAACCAAAAUUCUUCUUUUCCAUGGAAUGAAAGGAAAGGAAAGAUUUUGAUUAGUUGAUUCGCUUAUGCAUUAAGUGUUAUGCGUUAUGCAAAAGUUUGUGCUGCGGCCUUUACAGAAGCCAUGUGCCAUGUUCCCCUCCGCAGUGAUUUUGUAGUGAGAGGGAGGGAGUGACAGAUUUCCUAACCUUAAUAGUCGUCAACUUUAACGCUUAAUAUCUCGAUUCGCUGGACGCACAUUUUAUUACCAGAUUCUUUCAUGUAAAAACGCUUCGAAUAAGCAUAAUUUCAUUGAAAUUGAAGUUAUUAUGGCUACCCCAAUAGUAAUGUCUAAUAUUCUUGGAAUUGACAGAGUAAACAUGAAUGGUAAAACAAUUUUAAUCAAAGAGCGACAUGGUACCAAUGCAAAUUUCUUGGUGAAUGCCAUUUUAUUACAUGCAUUGAAAAGGAUGAAUGCCGCUGUUUGCCUCGUUCUUUGUCAUAAUACCCUUGGUCAUUAUCAUAACAUUGGCAUGAAAUUUGGCUACAAUCUUCUUAAUUUGAAAGAAAAAGGCCAGGUCACUGUUGUUGAACCAAUGAAAAUUAUAGCCAGUAAUAUCACUGAUAUGUAUAAAGGUUUUACAAAUAGAACAGAAACAGUAAUUCCAGAUGUCAAUUUUACAGAACAUGUAGAUAUUGCACAUAGAUUUUUUGCAUGUGUCAAAGAAAAGUAUGAUGAAGCAGCAAGAUUUACUGAAUCUGUUGUUCUUAUUAUCGACGAUAUAAAUCAUCUCCUUAAUCUGGGUCUUAGUUUACGUGAUACUAUGUAUUUUAUAAGAUACUUAAGAUCAUUUAUAUCAUUGUAUCCCUUGUCGCAGCUUUGUAUUCUUGCACAUAUAUAUCAAGAAAAUCUACAAACUUCGAAUGCAGAUAUUAUUGCUAAUGCUUUAAAAUACAUGACACAUCUGUGUGUUACAACACAACCAUUCAAGACAGGACAUUCUAGCGAUGUAUCCGGUAAACUAACUGUCUACUGGAAGACAGAUUCUGUUAGAUCUAAAUAUCAUUGGUUAGAGAAAACAACACAUCUGUUUAAAUUGUUAGAUUGGCAAGUAAAGAUUUGUGCACCUGGUGCGAUGUCUAUCCUGUCAUAAAUAAUAACUUUACAUUGCUAUAGUGUGCUCUAGUUUUUGAUAAUUGAUUUUUAUGUAUUUCUGAUAUUUAUAAUUACUAUAUAUAGAAGUA